UAUUUUUAUCUUGUCUUCACCAAUGCAGAAUUCUUCCUUCUCCCGGUCAUGGCAUACGAUCGUUAUGUUGCAAUCUGUAAUCCAUUUCAAUAUCAUAACCUCAUGAAAAAGGGAGUCUGUAUCAUCCUUGCAGCAGCACCUUGGGUCUUUGGAUUUGUGGACACACUUUCUUAUACAAUAUUAACCUCUCAGCUGUCUUACUGCAAGUCUCACGUGGUCAAUCAUUUCUUCUGUGACCUUACAGCUCUUAUGAAAUUAUCGUGUAGUGACACUUCCACCAUUGAACUUGUAACGUUUAUUGAGGGAGUUAUCUAUGGUUUUGCACCAUUUUUCAUAACGCUGACUUCAUAUGCAUAUAUUAUUGCAAAUGUGCUGAAGAUUCGCUCAGUUAAUGGCAGGAGAAAAGCAUUUUCCACAUGCUCAUCACACAUCACCGUUGUUAUUCUAUUCUAUGGGACAAUCAUAAGUAUGUAUAUGAGACCCACCUCAGACUAUUCACCAGCACAAGAUAAACUCUUUGCUGUUUUCUAUACAACUGUUAUUCCAAUGUUUAAUCCUUUGAUAUACUCAUUAAGGAACCAGGAUGUUAAAAAUGCUUUUAAGAAAAUGAUUACACAUUUUUUUUCUUCAUUGAAAAAUAAUUAA